CGGACAUAUACCUGCGACAGAAUCGCCAAUCGUGGCUUCACUAAGAACUAUAGGCUCUAGAUUCGCGCCAUAUCGCAGGAUGUCCACCAGCAGCGAGCGCCGUGAGAUUAUCAUUGUGGGCGGUGGUAUCAUCGGAUGCUGCUCAGCUUACUACUUGACCCGCCAUCCGUCCUUUGACCCAUCUCGCCACUCGGUGACUCUCAUUGAAGCAACCGAGAUCGCAGGAGGGGCGUCGGGAAAAGCUGGUGGUCUUCUGGCUUUAUGGGCCUAUCCGAGCAGCAUCGUGCCGCUGAGUUACAAGUUGCACGCCGAACUGGCCAAGGAGCAUAAUGGCAAGGAUCGAUGGGGGUAUCGUGAAGUCAACUGUGGGCAGCUUAUCAUUGACGGUAGACGAUUGCCUGAAAAGAAAGAGCAAAGCGGGGGGAAAUCAGAAGAGUCCGUGUCGCUGCAGAAACGAAGCGCCGCUGCCUUGGAGAAGCUGAAGUCUGCUCGAGUGCCGAAAGACCUGGAUUGGAUUGAGCCUGAGCUUGUGAGAGGCUAUGAGAGCAUGAGUGAUCCUGGAGAGACAGCCCAGGUUCAUCCUUACCUGUUUACCACUUCCAUCGCCAAGCUAGCUGAGGAAAGUGGUGCAAAGAUCACCCUGGGAUCGGUUACUGGCAUCAACUACUCCGAGGACGCUGUCCAGUCGGUGACCUAUACUGACAAGAAGACCGGAGAACCACAGACCAUCUCUGCAACUGAUGUCAUUGUUGCUGCUGGUCCCUGGACGAGGGCCAUCCUGCCGGAAGCACCCAUUUCGGCGACUCGUGCCCACAGUGUUGUGAUCCGGCCCCAAGAGCCGGUCAGCGCAUAUACCCUUUUCACCAACAUUGCGCUUCCGGCCAACUUUGAUCCAACCAAGCCUUCCCGUCCAGAUGUGGCAAGUCCAGAGAUCUAUGCUCGUCCGGACGCCACAGUCUACGCCUGUGGUGAAGGUGAUCAAACUGUUCCCCUGCCGCCGACGUCCGCCGAGGUCGAGGUUGACGAGGUGCGAUGCCAAGAGAUCAUCAACCAGGUCGGCAGUAUAUCUGAUCACCUUCGCAAAGGAGAGAUCUGCGCGCGACAGGCUUGCUACUUGCCAAAUGUGGCUGCUGCUCGUGGGGGCCCCAUGAUCGGCCAUACGGGUACGAAGGGAUUGUAUCUAGCCGCUGGUCACACCUGCUGGGGCAUCCAGAACGCGCCUGGCACUGGUAAGCUCAUCAGCGAGUUCGUCUUCGAUGGGGAGGCUAAAAGCGCACGCAUCAGAGCGCUUGACCCGAGAGAAUACUUUUGAAGGAGGCAUAGAUACAUAGAGAAGGCGAAUAAAGUAGAUAAAUCACUAGUUGCCUUCUUCUAUAUGCGUAACUCAGCCUGCAGAGGUACUAGCGCAGGUACGUCGUACCUUGGCCCAGCGGCCGCGGCAUUGCGGAGCUUGGGCCACGUAAGUUGCGGAGCGGAAGAGCGGCCGAUGCUCCUGCAGAUUAAAUGACAGAUAGUUAUUUCACACUGC